AUGGCUUCCACAGGGAGUGAAUCGGAUAGGAUUGAUAAGGAAAAUGAUCGUUUGAUUACGGAGCGGAUGAUACGGGAGGGAGAGAGCCAAAGCCCCGAUCAACCAGGGCCGACCUGGCUUACCGAAAGUAAGGGGCACCGUCUCAGUGCUACCGAUAUUGAAUACGUUAAGGAUCUACUAGAGUACCCGCAGACUAGUGAGGGUGGAUAUGCCUAUAUUAUCCCUGUCGGGGAACGCACAGCCGAGCAGGUUCAUGUAUUGAUCUUGACAACAGAUACUCCUAUAUCCAAGGCCCUAGGCAAUAGGAGCGCUUAG